AUGGGGCGGUCCACGAGCGCGAAGUUUCGCAAGCAGAAAGUCCUCAUCAUUGGCGGUGGCGUUGCCGGAAUGUCAUGUGCUGCUACUCUUGCGAAGGAGCCUGAUAAAUUCGAAGUCACACUGUUAGAAAGGAGUGCUUUUGCUGGUGGGCAAGCAAUGUCCAUGGACAUCGACAGUCAACAAUACGGGGCUGAUUGGAUGAAUAUUGGGACGCAAGGUGGAAAUCGCAUGUUCCGGCACACCUAUAAGUUCUUCCGUGAGUACGGUUACGAGCCGAGAGAAGUGAGAGUGCAAUUCUCAUUCGGAAAGGGCACUGACGGAUUUUGGACAAACAUGUUUCCGACACCAAUGAUACAGAGGCAUCGGGAUGAGAUCAAGAAAUUUGGAAAUACCUUGAAGCUCAUUCGCCAUUUUCCAAUUCCACUAUGGAUAGUCCCUUUGAAAAAGGUGUUAAAAAUUUUUGGCUUCAGUACAGAAUUCGCCCAUGGAAUCCUAUAUCCGACAACAUCCCUUCUUUUGGGGGUUGGAAACGAACCAGAGGAUAUCCCGUGCGGCAUCCUUCAGCAAUUGUUCGAGCACCCCCAGUUGAAGCUAUGGGAUUAUGACCCCUCUGAUUUUAUGCCCCCUCGUCCAGUAAUGUUUGCGUUUCCCAACCUGUCUAGAUUUUAUGCAGACUGGACUGCUGGCCUCCGAGAAAAGGGCAUCAUGAUACGGUUGAAUACACAGGCACUCAGAAUCAUUCAGCGGGACAAUCACGGCAUCAUUGUGGAAACACGACAUAUAGACGAGGAUUCUCGGCUGACCGAGGAAGCCUACCGAGAGCGAUUAAUAACGGAAGAAUUCGACAAACUUGUGCUUUGUGUGCCGGGCGAUGAAGCUAGGAGGCUGCUGGGUGACAGAGCAACCUGGAAAGAAAAGGCUAUUCUCAAUGGCGUGAAGUAUCACGACGAUGUCACCAUAACACACUCUGACCACAAUUACGUCGAGAAUAAAUAUGAGCCUGCAUUCAAGCAGGAACUGUGCGGCAAGCCCCACACAAAAGCCCAGGAAGAGCGGAUCGCGUUUUCCAAGGGAGAGGCUGGAAUUCAGUCAGGCUUCCAUCCGUCAUACUAUUCCAUCUCCUACCCAACAAUGCCGAGUCGAAAUGAGUUGACGUUUGAUUACUCAAAUUUCCAGUAUCAGUUUCAACAAGGACCCGGAGAGCCGCCAGUACCAUUUGAACGCCAUAUAUUCCAGACGAGAUUCAUGGGAGCGAAGCUAAAAGAUAUUUGGACCAUAGAUUCAAUAGCCGAAAAGGAAGUGAUUCAGAGAAGGUGGAUACACCAACCAUCACAAGGCUGGAAAAAUUUCUUCAGAGUAAUGCCGUACUUGAGAUAUAUUAACGGAAAAAACAACACAUUGUUUGCAGGUGCUUGGGCUUUUGCGGUACGUGUUCCAUUCGUUCACAGCAACACCGAGCAUCAUAUUGACAUCGUCCAGAAUAUGUAUGAAGCCGCUUCAAUAUCUGGGAUUGCGGCUGCUGUUAGACUAGGCGUGCCGUAUGAGUCGAUCGAUGAUUUUGCCGACAAAUAUUUUGGGUAUUAUAUGCAAGUGGCGUACGGUCAAAGUAUUAAAAAGACGAAAACCAAGGCGUAG